UCCACCUGGCAGGGUUCUCUGGUCCUGCAGAACCUGGUACAUAGCACAGAUGCUCAAAUCACAGACCAGGGUCUGCUUCUCCAACUUGGCCACUGUUGUGUGGCCACCCCCCCCCCCCCCCGGUGUAAUCACCAGGGUCCUUAUAAGAGGAGAGCAAGAGGGGCAGAGAAAGAUUUGCAGGUGCUACCAUUGGUGGCUUUGAAAAGGGAAGAGGAGGCCACGGGACAAGGAAUGUGGGCAGUCUCGAGAGGCUGGAAAAGACAAGGAAAUGUUGUCCCCAGGAGCUUCCAGAAGAAAAGUGGCCCAGAUCACACCUUGAUGUUAGCCCAGUGAGACCCAUUUUGGACUCCUGUCUUCAAGAACUGAAAGACUCAUCAAAGACCUGGAAAACUGACGGGCAGAGCUUCUAGCCGUGGGAGACACCGGUGCUGGUGUGUGAACCUCCAGCAGAAAGUGAAGGCGACAGAGGCAAGGCCAGCUAGUGCUGGAGUACGAGUGCAGGCCCCAUGGAGUCGUGCCCCAUCCUGCAGAAGGAGAGAGUGUUCCAGUCAGGAGCCCAUGCCUACAGGAUCCCCGCUCUGCUGUAUCUGCCUGAGCAGAAGACAGUGUUGGCCUUCGCAGAACAGCGGAUAAGCAAGAAGGAUGAGCACACGGAGCUGAUCGUCCUGCGCAGAGGAAGCUAUGACGCAUCCACCCAUCAGGUCCAGUGGCACGCUCAGGAGGUGGUGGCCCAGGCCCAGCUGGAGGGCCACCGGUCCAUGAACCCAAGCCCCUUGUACGACGAGAAGACAGGAACCCUCUUCCUCUUCUUCAUCGCCAUCCCGGGGCAGGUGUCCGAGCACCACCAGCUCCACACCAGGGUCAACGUGACACGGCUGUGCCAGGUCACCAGCCCCGACCACGGGAGGUCCUGGAGCCCCGCCCGAGACCUCACUGACUCCGCCAUCGGCACAGCCCACAAGGAGUGGGCCACUUUUGCGGUGGGUCCGGGGCACUGCCUGCAGCUGCGCAACAGGACGCGGAGUCUGGUGGUGCCCGCCUACGCUUACCGGAACCUUCACCCCCACCGGCGGCCUUCGCCGUUUGCCUUCUGCUUCGUCAGCCAUGACCAUGGGCACACGUGGCAGAGAGGGAACUUCGUGGCCCAGGACACCGUGGAGUGUCAGGUGGCCGAAGUUGGGGGUGCAGAGCAGAGGGUCGUGUAUCUGAACGCGAGGAGCCCCCUCAGAGCCAGGGUCCAGGCCGAGAGCACCAACGAGGGCCUCGACUUCGAGGAGGCCCAGCUAGUGGAGAAGCUCGUGGAGCCUCCGCACGGCUGCCAAGGGAGCAUCGUCAGCUUUCCCGGCCCCGGGGCGGGGACGGACGCCUCGGACAGAUGGCUGCUGUACACUCACCCCACCGACCCACGGCAGAGAGCCCACCUGGGCGCGUACCUCGGCAAGCCGCGCCCGGGCCCCGCGGCCUGGUCGGAGCCCGCCCUGCUGGCCACGGGCAGCUGCGCUUACUCAGACCUCCAGAGCAUGGGCACCGGCCCUGACGGGUCACCGCAGUUCGGGUGUCUGUACGAAUCGGACGAUUACGAGGCGGUCAUGUUCCUCGCGUUCACCCUGAAACAAGCCUUCCCAGCUGAGUUUUUGUCUUCGUGAGCCAGCUGUGUGCCAUCCAGGAAGGACUCCCGCCGGCCUGGGGCCCCCUUUCCUCCUGAACACCCCGAGUGAGAGGCCCGUGGGUUUCCCUCUGGGCUCUGGGGGCCAGCUCUCGGCUCCCCUCACUGAAACCGUGUGCAGACGUCUGCCUCUUGGCUCUCUUCCUGCUUGGAUGUUUCUGUCCUUCCGAGGGAUUCGGUUUUCAAUCAGAAGUCGAAGGAACCUGGCUUCCCACAGCCCCUCGACAGGGAAGAUGGGGAGACGUCGCUCUGCAUGGCUCAGCCUGCCUGUUGCCCCCCCAGCCCCGGCUUCCGUGCGGAUCCUGAUAAAUGGUCGAGUCCAGCCCAUUUCUUCUUGGUAAACGCUCAUCAUGUUCCUGGGAGGAGACGGAGACAAAGAUGCAAAUUAGCAGAGGGGUGUGUGUGCAUGUGAGUGUGCAUGUGCGUGUGCGUGUGUGUGUGUGUGUGUGUUUGUGUGUUUGAUGAUGCUUUAGAGCAGACAGCAUGGGAGACAGCUUUGCAGGGAGGUAAGGGGGGGCUAGGAAAAUUAAGGUAACUCCUCAAGCUGCCGUAGCAAAUCAGUACAAACUUGGUGGCUUAAAAUAACAGAAAUUCAUUCUCUGACCGUUCUGGAGGCCGGAAGUCCAAAAUCAAGGUGUCAGCAGGACCUGGGGAGAACCCUUCCUUGCCCCUUCCGGCAUCUGGUGACCCCAGGCAGCCCUCGGCUUACGGCUACCUCCCUUUAAUGCCUCUGUCUUUGAAUGGCUUUCUCCCCUUCCCCUGUGUUUUUCUCUCCAUACCUGGGUAACCCAGGAUGAUCCUUCACUCAAUUAUAUUUGCAUAGACUCUUUCCCGAAGGAUGCCACUUUCUCCGGUUCUGAGGGUUAGGACGUGGAUCUAUCUUUUGGAGCCGCCACUCAACCUGCUACAGUCAUCCAUCCUAAGUUAUUUUUGUACGGGUGAUGCGGCUAAAGGUAGGAAUGAAAUUCAGACGAAUCAGAUAAUUCAGAAGAGGGAAGUGGGCAAGAGGGGCUGGGCUGUCGGAUGUGCGUCUGUGGCACAAAGCUGCUCCGGGGCGUUCAGCCUUUGCCAUGACAGGUAUGCCACCAUGUGGAAAGAGAGAGGGUCAGGGGUGUGCUUGUGUAGAUCUUGCUGUGUAGAAAGAGCAGGGAGAAGGCCGCUUCUGGUUGUCAUGAGGGUGAUAACCUGAGAGGGGGCCCGCCCCGGGUGGAGGGGGCUGAUGCUUCUUGUCAUAUGUCCCAAGUCCAUUCGCCCCCUCCCCCCAUCAGAGCCCCUCCUACUGAUUGGAUCAGUCUAAUAGUUUGAUGGCAGGGAUCGAUGACAACAGUCAUGGAUUCUUGCAACGGAGCCGAGUCUCCAUGUGGCCAGGCAGUGGUUAAAUGGAAUUUUCACAGGGUAGGGAGCUGGAGGUGUGGCUUUUGUUCUGGGUGUUUCCUGGCCCUGGCCUCCUAUCUGGGUGCUACUUCUCUGUGUGGGGUUUUGUGAAAUCCAGCUGGAAGGACAAGGAGUUAGGGCCUGCUCGUUGCUGGGGUGGAAAGUAGAGCUCCUCUGCGUUGGGAAUGUCACCUGCUGUCUUCUAAACCCUGCGAAGUUAGCUGUGCAGAGCCCAGAGGCCUGGUCAGGAGAGCGAGGACAGGGCCACACAGGCCAGGAGCAGUGCACUAAGAGGUUAAGAGGUAGGGUGGUGCCACAGUGUGUUAUUCAAAUCAGGACACUUUUGAGAGUGAAAGGAGAAUGUUAUUAAUAAUUACACCAAGACAGUGGGCAUCAGCCAGGACCGUCCCAGAUAAACUGAGAGCUUUAUUAGAGAAAGACCCACCGAGGAUUGUGUCGGGAGCUGGCCUCUGCUAACCCCUCUGGAAAAGUCAAUCAUCUGCUAAUGGUCUGGAGAUGAGUCGGGAAUACGAUAAGACAUCCGGACACUGCCAAGCUCAGAAAAUUACUCCCUUAGACUCUCUCCAUUCACAGAAGUCAGUGGGUCUCCAUUACAACUGCUUUUUAGAAUUCCCUGGAAAGCUUAUAAACUGUGGUGAUGCCUGGGCUCCAGCCCCGACCAACUGAUACAGAAUCUCUGGUGGUGGCGUCCAGGGAUGAGUAUUUUUUUCAAAAGCUCCUCAAGUUAUCCUAGUGAACAUAAGGAUCAAGAACUGCUAGCACAGAUCUCUAAAUUUCCUUCUACUUCUUAAUGUAUGCAAAUAUCAAAGUCUUCUGAUUUGAGUGAAAAAAAGCAAAAGUUGAUUUGGUUAAAGUCGGACUUAUCCACUCAUUGAAAAACACCACUAAGAGAGUGAAAAGAAAAGCCAUAGAUGGGGAGAAGAUAUUUAUAACACACAUGUCUGGCAAAGCACUUGUAUCCAGAAUCUAUAAAGAGUCCCUACAAACCAAUAAGAAAAAGACAAUCCAACGAAAAUGGGCAAAGGACUUGAACAGGCACUUCACAAAAGAGGAUAUCACAAAGGCUGCUAAACACGUUUGUCAGAGAAAUGCAAAUUAAAACUAUGAGAUACCCACCAGAAUGACUACAGUGAAAAAGAUCGACAACAGCAGGUAUUGGCAAGGACAUGAAGCGACCGGAAUUCUCAUGCAUUUCUGGAGGAAGCGUACCUGGUGUGACCACUUUGGAAAGCUGUUCAGUAGUAUCUACUAAAACUGAACAUGCAAAUACUCUAUGACCCAGCACUUCCUCUCUGCAGUACGUCUCUAAAAGACACGAAUGCAUAUAGCUGCCAAGGACACGUAUUAAGAAUGUUUCUGGCAGCUUUGUUCGUAAGAGUCCCAAAGGGGAAACAAUCCAAAUGUCCGUCGAUAUCAGAAUGGAUAACCGAACUGGGCAAUAUUCGCGCAAAGGAAUAUUUCACGACAAUAGAAGAAUGAAGUACUGCUACACACGAGAGUGUAGGUGGUUUUCCAGACAUUAUAUAUUUGUGCGAAUGAAGCCAGAUUCAAAAGACUACAUACUUGAUGACUCUAUUUAUAUGAAGUUCAGGAACACGCAAAACAAAUCCGUGGUGUAUAAGUCAGGAAGGUAGCUAUUUCUGGAGGAGGAUAGCUGUUCAUGGGGAGCUAGGAGGAGUCUUCUGGGUGCUGGAAACAUUCUACUAUUUGAUCUGGUGCAGCGGAGGAGGGCUAAUUCUCAUGAGAGAAUUCGAUGAGCUGUACACACAAGAUUUGUGUACCUUAAAAGUUCAACUGAAUAGUGGAUUUGCUAGUUAAACCUCCAAAUCAGUAUAUUAUAUUGGGUUGUAAUAAAACUUUGGAAAUGAAUUUUUUUAAUUAAAAAAAAUUUUUUUAAUGCCUAUUUUUUAGAGAGAGAGAGAGACAGAGCAUGAGCGCCGGAGGGGCAGAGAGAGAGGGAGACACAGAAUCCGAAGCAGGCUCCGGGCUCUGAGCUGUCAGCACAGAGCCCGAUGCAGGGAUCGAACUCACGAGCCAUGAGAUCAUGACCUGAGCCGAAGUCGGACACCCAACCAACUGAGCCACCCAGGCGCCCCAGAAAUGAAUUUUUGUGAUAAACUUUUUUAGGGGGAACCAUUUUAGACUUACGGAAAAUUUGCGAAGAUAGUAUGGAGUGUUCCCAUAUAUCCCACACUCAGUUUCUCCUAGUGUUAACAUCUUAUGUAACUGUGGUACAUGUAUCAAAACUAAGAGAUUAACGUUGAUGCACUAUUACUAAACUCUAGACUUCAUUCGGGUUUCACCAGUGUUUCUACUAAUGUCCUUUUUCUGUUCUUGGAUUCAAUCCAGGAUACAUUUAGUACAUUUAGUGAAACUGAAUUUUUACUAUAAUUUGUGUCCAUGGAGACAUACACGUAUCCACAGACCGAUACACGGCCCCUCCCCUUGCCGUGUGAGGCCGAGGAGACGAGAGGGCUUGGGGCACGUCCAGGGCGGUCGCCUCGGAAGGCCCAGAGCCUGGCCCCGCAGAGAGGGCAGGCAGGGUGGUCUGCUCGACCCAUUGGUGCCCGUAGAGAAGAUCUGCCCCUCUCAGGAGAGACUCUGUCUCUGCACAGCGCGAUGAGCUGGGGGCAACACGAUAGCCACAGAGAAUUACUGGAACUUGUCCAUUCUUAGAGGUAAGGCCACAUGUGGUGAGACACAGCAUGUUAGCCUGUAGAGACGGAAGUGAACUUGAAGUCUUUUAAGUCCAGCCUCCUCACUGAGGGACGGGAGGAGGUGACAGCAGGUUCUGUGAGGUCCGAUGACUUCCUCAAGACCACACAGCCCGUGGCAGGGCCGGGAAAGCAAGUGGGUUUCUGACCCUUGACCAGUGUCCCCACCUCCGUGCUGAGUUGUCUCCAUUGUCCCUGUCUGACCAUGCAAGGAGUACAAAGGGGUCUGUGUGUCCAGAUUCUGGGACGUGGAGCUCUGCUCAGCCUGUCUCUGGAGCCUGUGCCCUUGGUUAGCCCCGGGUGCAACGCCUCCCUCGCUGGCAUUCCCUCGUGGCCUCACCAGAGAGGGCGGAGAGAUGCCAGCCCGGGCGUCUGGGAAGGCAGCACCUCCUGCAGAGCCGAGAGGCGUCGGAGAGCUUGGUGCUCCAAGUCCCUGCUCUGCGCUGUGAGAUUUUAGAGCCAGCACCACACCACCGCCCACACAAAUCCCCAUCCCGUGAAGAAGAAAGGAAGAAAUCCAGUAUUUAAAUGUGAUACUUUAAUCACACUGCUCACAAGGUGAGAAAGCUGACUGUACUUUUGGCAAGGUGUUUCUUUUUCAAAUUCCAUUUUUGUACUGUUUUUAGGGGAGGAUUUCAAGGGAAUAGAUGCCAACCAUUUGGAAGUACAAAGAGGCAGGAUAAAACCACCCGUAAUCCCACUAGGCAGAGGCACAUUUUCUUCUGGUCUUCUAUCUGUGAGAUUUGCUGAGAUCGUGCUGCAGAAUCAACGUGGGAUGGUGCCUUUCCUCCCCACUUGACAUUAUACCCGAAGCAUUUCCCCCAUGUUAUAUUCUUGCAAAAGACAAUAUGUCGAAGAAACAUACAGUGAACUAUGCAGUCAUUCUUGGGUAUUAGAAAUUGAAGGUACUUUUACUUCUUUUCUGUUAUAAAAACACUGAGAUGAACAUCUUUGUGAGUAAACCUCCGUCUUUAUCUGUGAUCAUUCUGUAAACUGAAUCCUCUAAAAGGAAUUACUGAGUCGAAGAUGAACGUGUGAAAUCUCUUGAGAUGUGUUGUUUGCAAAUGUAAAGUGCAACUCUUCAUUAUGAAUUAAAAUGUCUUGAAAUGGC